UGUUCCAGCCUUCCAGGUUUGUUAUUCGAUUCAGAGCAAAAAAGAUAAGUGUUUUAAAUGGGUUUAGAUUUACAGUAAAAAUCCAGAGACAGAGAAGGAUAAGGAGAGAAGAAAACGAUUACUUUCUUCUAUUUUUGUUCAUUACAAACCUUAAAAUCUCAACUUAUAUUUUUGUUCUCUUUUUCUUACAUAUUUUUCUUUUGGAUUUCUCUGUCUUUUUUCCCCCUUUCUUCUCCUCUCUCUCGCUCGAUUUCAAUUUUGGGCGAGAAAAAGGAGCGGUCUUUUUCCUUUCCAGGGUUUAUCAGCAAGAUCCCUCUUGCCUAAAGUUUGUAUUUUUCUUCUGAUUUACUCUCUCGGGUUAAUUCUGCUCAAAAUGGUUCAAGCCUGUUCGAUGUACUGAGUUAGGGUUUGAUUCAGAGGCGAUUCUGGUUAUGUUUAGACAAUAAAGUUCAGGACUUUUUGACAUACUCAGAGCUGGUUUUUAGCUUUUGGUUCUUCUUAUAGAUAGUAGUAGUGAAGGGUUUGUGCCAAUAGUUAGAAAUGAUCAAGCAGAUAUUUGGGAAAUUACCUCGAAAGCCUUCCAAAUCUUUGCAGAAUGAUUCUAAUGGUGAAGGAGGUGUUAACUCUUAUUAUGCUUCGAAUUCGAGUAGUAGUAGUAUCUCGAAACCUUCUUCAGCAUCUUCGAAAUCGUCAUCAGCCUCGGGUUCACGUGUAGCUAAUGGAACUCUUGCUCCUAAUUCAUUGAGCUCUAACAAGACUAAUCAAGGGAAGAAACCAUUGGGAGGAGAUGCUGUUGUACAAGCUGGACCGUUUCCCCCUUCUGGUGGGGUUUAUGAGGCUUUGCCUAGCUUUAGAGAUUUUCCUAUCUCGGAGAAAUCGAAUCUCUUUAUCGGGAAGUUGAGUAUGUGCUGUGUUGUCUUUGACUUUAGUGAUCCAUCGAAGAACGUAAAAGAGAAAGAGAUUAAGCGGCAGACAUUGCUCGAGCUUGUUGACUAUGUUGCAUCAGUUGGUGUGAAGUUUAAUGAUGUUGCGAUGCAAGAGCUCACGAAGAUGGUAGCGAUUAAUCUGUUUAGAACGUUUCCUUCUGCGAAUCACGAGGGUAAAAUUCUUGAAAUGCAUGAUAUGGAUGAUGAGGAACCUUCGUUGGAGCCAGCUUGGCCUCAUAUUCAAGUUGUGUAUGAGAUUCUGCUCAGAUUCGUGGCUUCUCCCAUGACUGACGCAAAGCUUGCAAAGAGAUAUAUUGACCAUUCCUUUGUCUUGAAGCUGUUAGACUUGUUUGAUUCUGAAGAUCAAAGAGAGAGGGAAUAUUUGAAAACUAUUCUGCAUCGGGUCUACGGGAAGUUCAUGGUGCAUCGACCUUAUAUCAGAAAGGCGAUAAACAAUAUCUUCUACAGAUUCAUUUCCGAGACUGAAAAGCAUAAUGGCAUUGCAGAGUUGCUAGAGAUUCUUGGAAGUAUAAUUAAUGGGUUUGCUUUGCCUUUAAAAGAAGAGCACAAGCUCUUCCUUUUGCGAGCCUUGAUUCCUCUCCACAAGCCUAAAUGUUCAUCGGUCUAUUUCCAACAGCUUUCGUAUUGCAUAGUUCAGUUUGUAGAAAAGGACUUCAAGCUCGCUGAUACCGUUAUUAGAGGCCUUUUAAAAUAUUGGCCUGUGACUAACAGCUCAAAGGAAGUAAUGUUUCUUGGGGAGUUAGAAGAAGUCUUGGAGGCAACGCAAGCCGCUGAGUUUCAGCGCUGUAUGGUCCCUUUAUUCCGACAAAUUGCUCGAUGCCUCAACAGUUCGCAUUUUCAGGUUGCUGAAAGAGCAUUAUUUCUAUGGAACAACGAUCACAUAAGAAACUUGAUCACUCAGAACCAUAAAGUAAUAAUGCCUAUAGUCUUCCCAGCUCUCGAGAGAAACACGCGUGGACACUGGAACCAAGCAGUUCAAAGUCUGACUAUAAACGUGAGGAAAGUAUUCUGCGACAUUGACCAAGUUCUUUUCGACGAGUGUUUAGCCAAAUUCCAAGUAGAAGAAGAGAAUAAAACAGAGGCUAAAGCGAAACGGGAAAGAACAUGGCAGCGGUUAGAAGAUUUAGCGACUUCAAAGACCGUUGUAACCAACGAGACAAUGCUGGUUCCAAGAUUUGUUUCCUCAGUCAAUCUUGCAAGCAGCUCUGAGUCCACAAACUAGUAGGCUCUUUUAUCAGCUUAUACGUCAAACAAUAACGAUAUGAAUCGGCUCAGAAGAAUUUCGAAAGUGAUCGAUGAACGAGAGGAGUGUGAAGUAUCUCAUUCCCAAUAGUGAAUACUUGUUUAACAACAGUUUUUUUUGGGGUUUUCUGGGUUUAAUUGUUAGUUGCUUUGAUA